GACUUGGCAGGCCAGAGGAACGAGGUUGAGACACUCCUGAACUGAGCUGAGUGACUUGGCAGGCCAGAGGAACGAGGUUGAGACGCUCCUGAACUGAGCUGAGUGACUUGGCAGGCCAGAGGAACGAGGUUGAGACAACAGAGAGGCCCAAAACGUAGAGGCUUGUGAGUACUUGGUUACUGCUUGCUUGGUGGGAGCUGCAGAUAGCAGGUCCUGACCUCUCUACAGGACAUACUGUGAGGAGACGACAAGACUUCUCCUACAGGGUCACCCACCACAACAUGCAAGGGAAAAGUGAACACGAACACCAAGACAAUAAUAUGGAAUCAGACUUUGAUCCCAACAAGCAGCCUGAAAGUCCCCCGUCUGAGAACGAGCCCUCCAAUCCUGUCAAAGUCCGCCAGAACCCCAAAUAUCAGCUGUUCCUGGAUGGAGACACGAUUAGGAACGGAUCCAGGGAUACGAACGGAACGUCUGCGAGAGAGAACGGGAACGGGAGAGAACCCAGGAACAGUUCCCGUUUGGACAGCGCUAGCUCCAGAUUCGGGCCAAACUUCCGCGGGUCCCUGGAAUCGCUUGCCUCUCGAGACUGGGACACCAUGUCAGACAGGGUGGGAGGUUUUGAGAGUCCUCCCAGGGUGUUCAACAGUCCCUACGCUACAGCGGCUUCCACGGAGUACAACCCUGGAAUGAACCGGAUGUCAGAGCAAAAGAUGCAGGAGGUGAUGUCUCCAGCCACAUCAGAGCUGAACCUGUUCAACAGCUACAACAGCAGAAGUAGCAGCCCUGUGCUCUCCUUCACCUCGGCUGCGACCUCCUCACGUGCACGCUUCUCAACCUUCGACUCUCUCAGGAGGCGGGACCAGCCGGUGAUGCCAAGCCAACUCCCCAUACGGUCCACAGCGUCGCCUGUUGCUAUGCCCAGCAAGAGAGACUACAUCGAGGAGCUGACCAGACAGAUGGAUGCCUGUCAGAAGAGGAACCAGUUCCUGGAGGCAGAGAGCAUAGAGAUGGACAAGGAGAGGAACCAGAUCAGGUUGGAGAUGAGAGGCCUGUUGGUGAACAACGAGGACCUUCUCAGAACCAACAGUACCCUGCAGAUGGAGAUGAACAGGAUGAGGAUGAGGAUGGUAGAGCUGGAGAGAGACAACACGGCCAUGACGGAACGCUUCAAAGUUAUGGAGACGGAGCUGACCGAGGCCAGGGCCCAGAUGGUGGAGGCCAACACUCAGGAAUACGCCUUCAACUUCCUGCAACAGUCUCUGAAGAAUAAGAUACAGGUCGCUGAGGAGGCGCUAGAGAAGCAGACGCUCCAUGCCCAGGGGCUGUCAGAGAAGCUGUGGCUAUCUGAGAGACAGUUGGAGGAUCUAGAGGUGGACAAGGAGACACGGGACAAGAAGAGAUCAGAGCUCAGCGACACGGUCUUCAGACUGGAGACUGAGCUAGAAGAGGCUCUACAGAAAGCCACCCAGGCGACAGCAGAGCUCAGUCUGCAACAGAAGCUACGAGAUGACGCCCUGCUGAGGGUAGAGGAGAUGGAGGAGAGUUUACUGGAGAGGGGUCAGGAGCUGCAGAUAGCCCAACAGACUGUCAGCCGCCUACAGGGACAGGUGUCAGAUAAGCUGAUAGAUAAGGAGCGCUCCCUGGAGGAGGAGAUCCAGCUGAGAGAGAGAGUUCAGCUGCAGUGGAAGCAGGCAGAGAGGAGCGUAGAGGACCUGACCAUCGAGCUACAGACGGCCGCACAGACCAAGGAAGACCUGGUCAAGCAACUCAAACAGGCUCAGGAGAAACUGUUAGAUCUUGAGAGCGACCUGGAGGAGAUGCAGGACAGUGAACAGAGAUGGGCCAGCAAGAACAAGAGAGCCAUCGAACAGACGGAACAGCUCCAGCUGAAGCUGAUCCAGCAGAAAGAUGUGAAUGAGCAGCUGGACAGUGAGAAGAGCAUCCUGGAGAGACAGCUGCGGGACCUGCGUGUGGAGGUGGAGAACCUCCAACACACCAGAGUUCAUGAGGAUGUCAUCACUAAGACGGAGAGCCGGGCCAAGGAGCUGGAGAACGCUCUGAGGGUGGAGGAGAGGAACAAGGUGGUGAUGAACAACACCAUCAGUAAACUGGAGAGGAAGAACAACGAACUGUCUGAUCAGCUGGAGGAGGAACAUAAGAUGGCCAAGGAGCAGAAGGACCUGAUGUCCCAGAGGAUGCGUUCCCUGAAGCGUCAGCUGAACGAGGCAGAGGAGGAGUCCAGUCGUAGAGACGCUCAGCACCGCCACACCCAGAGAGAACUGACAGAGGAGAGAGAGACCACCAACAAACUACAGAAACAGCUCCUGGACCAGCACCUCCAACUCAAACGUAAGGAGUCCACCAUGGCGAUGAGACAGACUCUGGAAGAUCUACGUCUGGACCUUAGUGUGGAUGAGGAGGACCAGACCCCUCCAGUACCCACGGCCUCCAAGGCCUGAGACACCCUUCCUGGGACAGUAUUGCAGCAUAGCAGCAACCAUACUAGCCUUACUCAUAACGCCUUUGUCCUAGAUUCAAUCCGGCCUGCAGAAGAUCCAUGUCAUAGCGCGAUUGACAUUUAUAGCUCAUUUCCCAUUGAUCCGGCAUAUUCCACGUGAAUGUGGGUCUCAGCGAAUGGUGGGAGCGUUGCCUUUAAAACGUGCAUAAAUGGGACAAAAUGAGAUGGGAUUGAAUCUAGGCCAUUAUUAAUAAAAGGUACCAUUCAUACCACCAAUACAGGACCCACAGGGAACAUACAGCAGCAUCCUGUCAGCCAAUUAAAUCAGCACCCGCGUGUUUGAUUUUCAGGUUCAGCCAAUCAAAUCAGCACCCGCGUGUUUGAUUUUCAGGUUCAGCCAAUCAAAUCAGCACCCGCGUGUUUGAUUUUCAGGUUCAGCCAAUCAUAUCAGCACCCGCGUGUUUGAUUUUCAGGUUCAGCCAAUCAAAUCAGCACCCGCGUGUUUGAUUUUCAGGUUCAGCCAAUCAAAUCAGCACCCGCGUGUUUGAUUUUCAGGUUCAGCCAAUCAAAUCAGCACCCGCGUGUUUGAUUUUCAGGUUCAGCCAAUCAUAUCAGCACCCGCGUGUUUGAUUUUCAGGUUCAGCCAAUCAAAUCAGCACCCGCGUGUUUGAUUUUCAGGUUCAGCCAAUCAAAUCAGCACCCGCGUGUUUGAUUUUCAGGUUCAGCCAAUCAAAUCGGGUUCAAAAAAAAUUACUGUAGCAUCUGAUAAAACAUUUAUUUUUUAUUUUGUAUUAAAUCAAUCAAAAAUCUGCAGGUAAUUGAAAAUGUAAACCAGUGUGUCUUUACUUCUUGUGUUCCGUCAGGCUGCGUUUCCCAAACUCGGUCCUCUGGACCCCAAAUGGAGGUUUUUACACUACACCGCUGGUUCAAAUGAUCUAAGCUUUAAUCAGCUGUGUAUUCGAACCCCCUUUGGGGUCCCAAGGUCAAAGUUUAAUCAGCUGUGUAUUCGAACCCCCUUUGGGGUCCCAAGGUCAAACUUUAAUCAGCUGUGUAUUCGAACCACCUUUGGGGUCCCGAGGUCAAACUUUAAUCAGCUGUGUAUUCGGACCCCCUUUGGGGUCCCGAGGUCAAAGUUUAAUCAGCUGUGUAUUCGGACCACCUUUGGGGUCCCGAGGUCAGAGUUUAAUCAGCUGUGUAUUCGGACCACCUUUGGGGUCCUGAGGUCAGAGUUUGUGAAACCCUGCCAUAAGGGAGUUUAUUUUUUAUGUAAGUAAGUUAAAAUCCUAUGGGCUUGUAUCUUUCCUGAUUCAUUACUAGUGCCUUAACAGAGAUAAUCAAUUGGAAAAUAAAAAACAUUUUAUUAAAUCAAUUGUGUCAAAUGUGACUAACAAUAAAAAUAGACAUAGGAUUUGGGGAUGAUGUCAUGUUAGAGGGAUUUGGGUAAUAUUGUCUGCAAAUUACCAAAGCAAAUCUGUUGCAAAAUGUAGUUCUAUAGUUUGUUAGAAGCAUUAUACAUUCAUUUCCACUUAUCUUAUAUCUACGUGGUAUUGGGUAUUACUGCGCUGUAGACUUUGGGGAGCUGUAUUUUAUUAAUAUAUAUAAAUGGAAAAGCUUUAUUUUCACACCCAUUGAGCAGAAUGUGUCUUCCUUUUACGAUGCUUGACGGACAGACAGCCUGAAUGAGUGAAGCCGGUGGGACCAUUUAACAGUAUACUGCACUGUUUACAACACUUGUUACUUCAACCCUGAGCGAAACAUGGGUGAGCAGAACCUGGGUGAGCAGAACCUGGGUGAGCAGAACCUGGGUGAGCAGAACCUGGGUGAGCAAAACCUGGGUGAGCAGAACAUGGGUGAGCAGAACCUGGGUGAGCAAAACCUGGGUGAGCAAAACCUGGGUGAGCAGAACCUGGGUGAGCAGAACCUGGGUGAGCAAAACCUGGGUGAGCAAAACCUGGGUGAACAAAACCUGGGUGAGCAGAACCUGGGUGAGCAGAACCUGGAUGAGCAGACCCUGGGAGUGAGUGAGGACCCAAGACAAACGUUUCACAGAAGAGGAAAGAGACCAUGUUAUUCUCGCGUGGGGAAUCUAAAAGGGAAUCUAUUCUGUCUGCGUUGUGGAAAGCUGCUGGAUAUGCAUCUUACCUGAUGGAUCUGAAUGACUUGCUGUCCUGCUGUUUACAUGAUACAAGAAAAUGGAGACCGGCGACUGUGUACUCUACUGGCAUAAACCUACGUUAAACAUGCAUUAGACAGGACAGGACAGGUGGAAUCACUAACAGACACUGUGUACUCAGGCUCCUCCCUCACUGAAGUGGAAUCACUAACAGACACUGUGUACUCAGGCUCCUCCCUCACUGAGGUGGAAUCACUAACAGACACUGUGUACUCAGGCUCCUCCCUCACUGAGGUGGAAUCACUAACAGACACUGUGUACUCAGGCUCCUCCCUCACUGAGGUGGAAUCACUAACAGUCACUGUGUACUCAGGCUCCUCCCUCACUGAGGUGGAAUCACUAACAGACACUGUGUACUCAGGCUCCUCCCUCACUGAGGUGGAAUCACUAACAAGUCACUGUGUACUCAGGCUCCUCCCUCACUGAGGUGGAAUCAC